AUGGCUCCAAACGUGCACAGCGGCAUCAACACUCAACAACUCUCAGAGUGUGUACUUUUUGUGAGUGUGUUCCACACGCAUCCCCGUGCUACCGAGUUGCUGUAUGCAGUCAACAGCACGAUCACCACUGGCAUGAUCCCACAGGGCGCUGCGCUGAACAGCGAGGAUCCUGGUGCUAGUCCAGUUGCUCAGCUCUUUUUUGGAAUGUCGCCCGACAUCGUCGGCGUGUCUCUCGGCGACGUCGGCGGUCAAGAAGUCGCCCAGUUGGCCUCGAUGAUCCCCGACACUGACGAGUGCCUGCAGCGCUGUGGCCUCACGCGCGGCACCCAGCCGAUGGCCAAGCAGGAUUUGCGCGUACCGGGGAAUGCGUUCCUCUCCGGUGUGAGUGCGGGCGUGGGCGCGACCGCCUCCUCGACAUCGUACAGCCGCAGCAUUAUGCAGACUGCGGACCUCGUCACGGUGAUCGAGAACCCCGUCGCGCCAUCAGUGAUCUGUAUCUCUGCAACUGUAGCCUCCUUCGCGGACAUUACAACAUGCAAUGAACUCACGCGUGGUUUGGAAUGGAUACGGGGAUGCUGGGAACGACAGUUCUGCGUGCAGUAG